CCGGUCCCGCCCGGCGCCCGCUCCCAGCGCGGCGGGGCCCCCGCGCCCAGGCCCCGCGGACGCGCGGCCGCUCCCUCUGGGCACCCGCCGCGCCCACCCCGGGAAGCUCCGAGGCCCGGCCGUGGAGGAGGUCAAGGCCACGGCGGGGAAGAUGUACCAGAGCCUGGCGCUGGCCCCGAGCCCCGGCCAGGCCGCCUACGCCGACUCCGGCGCCUUUCUGCACGCGCCAGGUGCCGGCUCCCCGGUGUUCGUGCCGCCCGCGCGUGUCCCCUCCAUGCUGCCCUACCUGCCGGCGUGUGAGCCGGGCCCGCAGGCCCCGGGGCUGGCCGCGCACCCCGGAUGGGCGCAGGCGGCGGCCGCAGACUCAUCAGCCUUCGGCCCCGGCAGCCCGCACCCACCGGCCGCUCAGCCGCCCGGAGCCACCGCCUUCCCCUUCCCGCACAGCCCCCCGGGGCCCGGCGGCGGUGGCAGCGCAGCGACCCGGGACGGUGGCGCCUACCAGGGCCCACUGCUGGCGCGUGAUCAGUACCCCACCCCGCUCGGGCGGCCAGUGAGCGCCUCUUACCCGACUGCCUACCCGGCCUACGUGAGCACAGAGGUGGCCCGGUCCUGGACCCCGGGACCCUUCGAAGGCAGCGUCCUGCACGGCCUCCAGAGCCGCCCCGCUGGCCUCCCCAGCCGCAGAGCCUCCUUCGUGUCGGACUUCUUGGAAGAGCUCCCCGGCGAGGGUCGCGAGUGCGUCAACUGCGGGGCCCUGUCCACACCGCUGUGGCGUCGUGAUGGCACUGGUCACUACUUGUGCAAUGCCUGUGGCCUCUACCACAAGAUGAACGGCGUCAACCGGCCGCUGGUUCGCCCGCAGAAGCGCCUGUCCUCAUCCCGCCGCGCGGGCCUCUGCUGCACCAACUGCCACACGACCACGACGACGCUGUGGCGGCGCAACGCGGAUGGGGAGCCGGUGUGCAACGCCUGCGGCCUCUACAUGAAGCUGCAUGGGGUGCCGCGGCCCCUGGCUAUGAAGAAGGAAAGUAUCCAGACGCGGAAGCGGAAACCCAAGAGCGUUGCGAAGACCAAGAGCUCCUCGGGAUGCCCAGCGAACAGCACAGCCUCGCCACCCUCCGUCCCGGACCCUGAGAGCCCAGCAGCUGCUUUGAAACCCAAACCUAGCCUGGCGUCCCCUUCAUGUCCUGGGUCCAACGUCACCUCCCAGGCCUCCAGCCAGGCGGACGACCCCCUGGCCCCCAGCCACUUGGAGUUCAAAUUCGAGCCCGAGGACUUUGCCUUCCCUUCCGCAGCCGUGGGCCCCCAGGCUGGCCUCAGCGGGGCCCUGCACCAGGAGGCCUGGUGUGCGCUGGCCUUGGCCUAGGUCCCCGGGCACCCAACAGACCCAUCUCACUGCCCGUUGGGGUCCAGCACAGCGGAGAGAUCUCACCGGGCCCACCCACCAGAAGAGACAAGCCAGUGGGACCUUGAG